CCUGUGCCUCACUUCCUCCAACCGUAAGCUAGCAAGCUUUAGGCAGUCAAUCCCCUACCACGACACGUUUGUUCGUCCAACGAGCUGUCAACAGAAGCCACACGCUCCGACUGACAGAUAUAGGCUACUGACAACAGAACUUACUUUGAGUCAAGACUAUCUUCGACGGAUUUUUCUUCUUUGAAACGAGAUCAGAUUGUCUCAUUAUGACUCUGAGGUGAUCCUCAGUGUCCAGGUGGAUCUGGGGCCCAGGUUUGUGCCGUGAGAGAGCUCUUCUAGUCGGAAGGCUAUCCUGGGCCCUCUGUCCCGGGUGUGCAGGUAAGCAGCUGUGGUUUGGGCUGGACUCUGCUUCACCAUGGAAGACCUGAAGACCGUCAACAAGGGGCUGGAGGACGAGAUGGAGAUCAGCGGGUACCGGCCGUGCCGCUGGAAGCUGGCGCUGGUGGGGGUGGGGGUGGUGUGCUCCGGCGGCUUCCUGCUGCUGCUGCUCUACUGGAUGCCCGAGUGGUGCGUCAGGGCCACCUGCACCCGCACCACUGUGAAGGAGGCAGAGAUGGUGCUGCUCCGCUCCACAGACGAGUUCAAGCGCUGGUUCCUGGCUAAGGUGCGUGUGAUGCUGGCCCCCAGCAGGAACCCGUUUGACAACCUGGACUCUCAGACCACCUCGACCGCCAUGGCCAACGGCCACACCCCCCACAACACCCAAAGCCCCUCCCAGGAGUUCAUCCAGAAGUACGCUGAGUACCAGCCCGUACAGAUCCGCUAUUUCACACUCCACAGCACAAAGUACUACUGGAGCGACACAGCCCAGAAUUUUGAAGUGUUCACUGGCCUGGAGGAUCUGGAGGUGACGUGCUCCACCGUCCACUCGAUGCACAGCACAGGGCUCUCCAGGAACCAGCAAGAGUACAGGAGAUUAUUUUUUGGAGUGAAUGAAAUUGCAGUGAAAGUGCCUUCUGUUUUCAAGCUGCUAAUUAAGGAGGUCCUCAACCCCUUCUACAUCUUCCAGCUCUUCAGCGUAAUCCUCUGGAGUGCGGACGAGUACUACUACUACGCCGCCGCCAUUGUCUUUAUGUCCGUCAUAUCGAUAGCUACCUCCCUGUACACCAUCAAAAAGCAAUACGUCAUGCUUCAUGACAUGGUGGCAGCUCACAGUAUUGUCCGCGUCUCCGUCAUCAGAGCCAAUAAUGAUAUUGAGGAGGCCAUGUCCACUGACCUCGUCCCGGGUGACGUCAUGGUGAUCCCCAGCAACGGGACCAUCAUGCCUUGCGAUGCCGUGCUCGUCAGCGGAACAUGCAUCGUCAACGAGAGCAUGCUCACAGGCGAGAGCGUGCCCGUCACCAAGACCAACCUGCCCAACCCGCGCCUCGGUGAGAAGGGCGAGGAGGGCGACGACCUCUACUGCAUGGAGGAGCACAAGAGACACACCCUCUUCUGUGGCACCCACGUCAUCCAGACCCGCUUCUACUCAGGGGAGCUGGUCAAAGCCGUGGUGGUCCGCACUGGCUUCAGCACAGCCAAGGGGCAGCUGGUGCGCUCCAUCCUGUACCCCAAACCCACAGACUUUAAGCUGUACAGAGAUGCCUACCUCUUCCUGCUCUGCCUGGUGGCUGUCGCCGGCGUCGGCUUCAUCUACUCCAUCAUCCUCAGCAUCAUGAACAAGGUGCCAGCUAAGACCAUCAUCAUCGAGUCUCUGGACAUCAUCACCAUCACGGUGCCCCCUGCCCUUCCGGCAGCCAUGACGGCGGGCAUCGUGUACGCCCAGCGCCGCCUCAAGCGCAUCGGCAUCUUCUGCAUCAGCCCGCAGCGCAUCAACAUCUGCGGCCAGCUCAACCUCAUCUGCUUCGACAAGACGGGAACGCUCACUGAGGACGGCCUGGACUUGUGGGGGAUCCAGAGAGUGGAGAACAGAAGUUUUCUGCUGUCGGAGGAGAACGCCUACAAGGAGAGUCUGGUGAAGUCCCAGUUCGUGGCGUGCAUGGCCGCCUGCCACUCCCUCACCAAGAUCGAGGGACAGAUCUCUGGGGACCCGCUGGACCUCAAGAUGUUCGAGGCCACUGGCUGGAUCCUGGAGGAAGCCACAGAGGAGGAGACGUCUCUUCAUAACCGCAUCAUGCCCACUGUGGUGCGGCCGCCCAAGCAGCUCCUUCCAGAGCCCAUCAUGUCACCCGAUCAGGACAUGGAGCUGUAUGAGUUGUCGGUUGGCUACGAGAUCGGGAUUGUGCGUCAGUUUCCCUUCUCCUCAGCCCUGCAGCGGAUGAGCGUGGUGACGCGGACGCUCGGGGAGAAGCGCAUGGACGCCUUCCUCAAGGGGGCCCCGGAGGUGGUGGCUAGCCUCUGCAAGAAGGACUCUGUUCCAGAGGACUUUCCAGAGGUACUGGAGGAUUACACAAAACAGGGCUUCCGGGUCAUUGCCCUGGCACACCGACGCCUGGAGUCCAAACUGUCCUGGCACAAAGUCCAGAACGUGAAUCGGGAUCACAUAGAGGCCAACAUGGAGUUCCUUGGGCUGAUCAUCAUGCAGAACAAACUGAAGCCAGAGACCCCUGCGGUGCUGGAGGACCUCCGAAGGGCCCACAUCCGCACCGUCAUGGUCACAGGUGACAACAUGCUGACAGCCAUAUCUGUAGCACGGGAUUGUGGGAUGAUCCCUCCUGAGGACCGGGUGAUCAUCGCCGACGCGCUGCCCCCCAAGGACGGCCAGGCGGCCAAGAUCGAUUGGCGCUAUGCUGACAACCCCACCAAGAACUCCAGCAAGGCCACACGGCUGGAGGAAGUGGAGAUCAGCCUGGAGGACGUGACCCAGGGGGACGAGUUGAAGCCGCAAGAGCGUUACCACUUUGCCAUGAGCGGCAAGGCCUUCGCCGUCAUCACCGAACACUUCCAGGACCUAAUGCAGAAGCUGGUGCUCCAUGGCACAGUGUUUGCCAGGAUGGCCCCAGAUCAGAAGACACAGCUGGUGGAGGCGCUGCAGAGUGUCGACUAUUUCGUGGGAAUGUGUGGUGAUGGUGCUAACGACUGUGGUGCCCUGAAGAGAGCCCAUGGCGGCAUCUCUCUGUCGGAGCUGGAGGCGUCUGUGGCCUCCCCCUUCACCUCCAGGACGCCCAACAUCUCCUGUGUGCCCAACCUCAUCAGGGAAGGCCGAGCAGCUCUCAUCACCUCCUUCUGUGUCUUCAAGUUUAUGGCCCUCUACAGCAUAAUCCAGUACAUCAGUGUCACCCUGCUCUACUCGAUCCUUAGCAACCUGGGAGACUUCCAGUUCCUCUUCAUCGACAUCGCCAUCAUCCUCCUUAUCGUCUUCACCAUGAGUCUGAACCCGGCAUGGAAGGAGCUGGUCCCGCGGCGGCCCCCGUCUGGUCUGAUCUCAGGACCGCUGCUCUUCUCCGUACUCACCCAGAUCCUCGUCUGCCUCGGCUUCCAGACCCUGGCCUUCCUCUGGGUCCGCCAGCAGAGCUGGUACGAGAUGUGGACCCCGUUGUCCGAUGCCUGCAACCAGUCCUCUUCUGGCAACAUCUCUGGGGAGCUUAAUCAGACCGAGCUGGACGACCACAACAUCCAGAACUACGAGAACACUACACUCUUCUACAUCUCCUCGUUCCAGUACCUCAUCGUGGCCAUCGUCUUCUCCAAGGGGAAGCCCUUCCGACAGCCGAGCUAUAAGAACUGGCCCUUUGUGCUGUCGGCGUGCAGUCUGUACGCCUUCCUGUGCUUCAUCUUGCUUUACCCCAUUAGUGCCAUCGACACCUUUUUGGAGAUUGUUUGUGUUCCUUUUCAAUGGCGCCUCACUGUACUGCUCAUCGUCUUCAUCAAUGCUGUUGUCUGUAUUGUGAUGGAGACCUUCGUCCUUGACGUCGUCUUAUGGAAGCUUGUGUUCAGCCGAGACAAGCAGGGCAGCUACGCCGCCAACCCUGCCACCCCGAAACCACAGGGCAGUAUUGAAGAGUGGGGCGGCAAAUGUGUGUCCUGGAUCUGCUGCCGGAGGAGUAAGGUGCCCAAAGCGCGCUACAUGCACCUGGCGCAGGAGCUCAGCGUGGACCCCGACUGGCCCCCCAAACCCAAAACCACCACCGAGGCCAAGCCCCCCCCUCCAGACCAAUCCCCCCUACGGCCAGAGAACGGCUCUUACCAAAUCAUCGCUGCGUCCUAGCACACAGCCCCCCUUUCCCCAAAAACUCCUCCUAGCACCACCCCACCCCCACCCCCACCCCCCCUGCUCCUGCUCCUGCUGCCAUGGGGACCAGAGCAGCAGACAUAUGUUGAACACUGUAUGCAUUACAAAACAUGUUCUAGAAACGAAAAAACAAUAAGAGACAGAGAGAACAGAUGAUUACAAAAAACAACCCAAUUUUGGGAAAGACCGAAAGAAACAAAAUAACAACAUGAACUUUUUGAAAAACCAACAACAACAACAACAACAACAUGAACUGAAAGAGUAUACCUCCUACUCCGACAUCUGCAGUGGCCAUGUGGUUUUGUUUUGUUUGUUUUCUGCUCAGACUUAUUACACACACACACACACACACACACACACACACACCCCCCUCAGGCUGCUGCUGAGGUGCCCCAGGCUGGGAUCUGUGGGUAAGCCUGCAUCAGCACACACAGAGCCUGGAAUCGGGGCAGCCAGCUACUGUUAUUCAACUUCAACGGUAUCGCUUUGAAAAUGAUUAUAAUUUUUUUUUUUUUUUUUACAAUGCAGGUGUACAAAACAUGUUGAGGUCCUGUGCAAUGCAAAAC